GCUUAGCAUUCAGUUCAAACUUAAACCGCAUUUGCUUCCCCUUCUCCAUCUCCUCUCAUUUUGCCAUUUUUCCCUUUUCUUUCUCCAUUUCCUCUGUCAUUCACUUGCUUCAACUUUCCAAUCUAUCUCUUUCCUUAUGAUUUGAUUCGUGGACAUAAGCGAUGAAGCCUGUAGAUCUCACUCUUCGUUCCACAGCUACCACCACCACCACCACUGCGUGAACCCCCAUCUGACCCCAGAACCUUUGAAGAAGGAUUUCAAUAUUCCCUACCCUUUAAUUCUCACGGCGGACGAAAAUGAGCGCCUCGAGAUUCAUAAAGUGCGUCACCGUCGGCGAUGGAGCCGUCGGAAAGACCUGCUUGCUGAUUUCCUACACCAGCAACACUUUCCCUACGGACUAUGUCCCGACUGUUUUCGACAAUUUCAGUGCAAAUGUCGUCGUCGAUGGCAGCACUGUCAACUUAGGUUUAUGGGACACUGCUGGUCAGGAGGAUUACAAUAGACUACGACCACUGAGCUAUCGUGGGGCUGAUGUGUUUAUUCUUGCAUUUUCUCUCAUCAGCAAGGCCAGUUAUGAAAACGUUGCCAAGAAGUGGAUUCCUGAGCUAAAGCAUUAUGCCCCUGGUGUUCCGAUAGUUCUUGUUGGAACUAAGCUUGAUCUCCGAGAUGAUCAACAAUUCUUGACAGACCAUCCUAACGCAGUGCCCAUUUCUACAGCUCAGGGAGAGGAAUUAAAGAAACAGAUUGCGGCUCCUGCAUACAUUGAGUGUAGCUCAAAAACACAGCAGAAUGUGAAGGCAGUGUUUGAUGCAGCCAUUAAGGUAGUGCUGCAGCCUCCGAAUAAAAAUAAGAAGAAAAAGUCAGGUGGUUGCUCAAUAUUAUGAUCAGAUGAAGAUUCUUCAAGUCUGAAAAAGAUGGAACCAACUGCCAGCUUCUCGCUGCUCGUAUCUCUAUAUCAAUUUUCCUCUCUUAUUUUUUUUCUAGUUCAAGGAAAACAGCAAGCCAUCAUGUUUAGCAUCAAGUCUUAACCUGACUUUCUAUGGACUUUCUGUGAAAGCAUCAGGUGAUUUUGUUUCGUGUUUUUACUUAGAUGACAAGUAUUCCUUGUUAACAUGCUCGCUUCUUCUGCUUUUCAUGUUUAAACUUCACUCAUGUUUUAACCAGAUGUGAGGAAGAUCCUAGUAGCAAUAACUGGUUUCUUGCAUUC